AUGAAACAUCAAUCUCUGAUUCAUUUCUUCUUCUUACUCUUUAUUCAAAAUAAUCAAUGUUCAUUUUGGAAUGAUAUACCUUCACGUUGUACUUAUGAUAAAACAACAUUAUUAUCCUGUUGGAAUACAACCUUUACUAAAUCAAUUCCAUUAUUAAAUGAUUUAAAAUAUACUCUUCAAAAUUCUCAUGUCGAAAUUCGUGAUUCAAAUUUUCAAUUAUCAUUAAAUGAUUUAUUUAUAAAUGUUGCUUCGAAUAUUGAAUAUUUAAUUUUAAUUAAUAAUGCAUUUUCAUCGAAAUUAUUUAAUGAAAAUAAAAAAAUUUAUUUUCGUCUUCUUCAAUCACUUGAAAUUCAAGAUGAAAAAGGUUUACAAUGGUUUCAAUUAAAUACAUCAUAUUAUCCACAAUUAACUUCACUUGAUCUAUCCUAUAAUCAAUUUACUAAUAAAAAACAAUUUCUAUUCGAACAAAAAUAUUUUCCUCAGUUAAAAUCUCUUCAUUUAUCACACAAUCAACUUGAAUCAAUUGAUAAUCUUAAUGGAAAUAUUUUAAAUAGAAUUGAAUAUUUAAUUUUAUCGUUUAAUCCAUUACAAACAAUAUUAAAUAAAAUUCAUGAAUUUCAAUCUUUAAUUUUUCUUGAUGUUUCAUCAACUUUAAUUAAACAAUUAUUUCAUUUAGAACUUCUACCACGAUUAGAAACAUUUCGAUGCCGUCAUUGUCAACAAAUUCCCAUGAAUGAAUAUGAAAAAUUUCUUAACAAUUGUUCACAAAUUAAUAAUCGUUUAAUACUUGAUUUAACUGAAACAAAUAUUACUUCAGUUAAAUUUUUUAAUUCGUGUAUAAAAGAUUUAACAUUAAAAAAUCAAUCGUUAACUAAUUCAAUAUCAACAGAUGAUUUUCUAUCAACGACAAAUCUUGAAAAUAUUCAAAUACAAAAUAUUGAUACGAUUAAUUAUAUACAUUUCAAUAUUUAUGAUCGUUUAAAAAGAAUUGAUUUUAGUGAUAACAAGAAUUUAAAACAAGUUCGCUUACGUCUUAUGUCGGAUUAUACUUAUUUAAAACAAAUAAUAAUAUCAAAUACAGCAGUCAAUAAUUUUUCCAUUGAUUUUAAUGAUACAAUACAGAAAUUUUUACAUGUUGAUGUAAUUGAUUUGAGUUAUAACUAUUUAGAAACUCUUGAUUUCCUUCAUUAUCUUACAUUUUUUACCUUGGAUGUUAGUUUUAAUCGUUUAAAAAUUAUUGAUAUUAAUCAAAUUCAUUUUCAACAUGGUAUGUAUGAAUUAUCUUCAAUGAAUUUAUUGAAUCUCUCAUACAAUCAAAUGGAAUCUAUUAAAAUAAAUUGGACUAAUGAAUCUCCACAUAUUAUUGAUUUAUCACAAAAUAAUCUUCGAUCAAUAAAAUUACACGGACAAUCAACUUAUAAACUUUUAUUAUUUAAUAAUACGAAAUUAUCUCUUAUACCAACCACAUUUUCUAUCGAAUUACCUUCAUUAAAAUAUCUUGAUUUAGAUUCUAUUCAACUCAAUUCAUUUGAACAUCUUAUCUAUUUACAUAAUUUAUCAAAUAUUCAUACGCUAAUUUUGAAUAAUAAUCAACUUAAUAAACAACAUCGAACAUUGAAUUGGAAUAUUUUUUAUCCUUGGCGUAAAUAUUUAACUCAUGUUUCUCUUCAAAAUAUGUCGAUAGAAAAACUUGAUUCUACUAAUCAUUUAAAUGAUUAUUAUCAUUUAUUAACAGUUGAUCUUUCUAGUAAUAAUGAUCUUAAAUGUAAUUGUGAAUUACAUCAUUUUAUAGAUUGGUUAAAAAUUCCACCAUCAACUUUAGCUGUUUUUAAUGAACCAAGAAACAAAGGAUUAAAAUUAGAUUGUCUCGUUUCAUUUUUUAGUCUUCAAUGUAAAGAUAAUCAAAGCAAAUCAACAAAAUUAUUUAUAGGAAUUGUUAUUAUAGGAAUUGUUCUUCUUAUUAUUACUUUGAUGAUAGCAACAGUUAUUAUUUAUUAUAUAAGACGAAAACAACAGUCGAAAUCUUAUCAUUCUGUGUUCGGUGAUACGGAUUUAAUGGCAUUAAAUGAAACAGAUACUCUCCAAAAAAUUGAUGAUGAUGAUUGA